UCUUCCCUCGUCUCUUCACAAGUUUCGACCAUGGCUCCCAUCACAAAUGUCGCAAUAUUGGGCGCCUCCGGCAACGUUGGCCAAGCCAUCAUCCCCGCUAUCCUUGCAGCCGGCUUCAACGUCACCAUAAUCGCCCGGCCGGGGCCCAACCCCAGAACCGCCACCCCAGCCGCAAAGACAGAGAUCGCCGCCUACGACGACCUCCCUGCCCUCACCACCGCCCUCAUCAACCAACACGCCAUUAUUGAAGCCUUCAACCCUGCUGCGGCCACCCACCAGCGCACCAUCGUGCGUGCCGCACUCGCAGCCGGGGUCUCACACAUCCUAACGCCCGACUUCAGCACCGACACAUUCAACGUCCAUGCGAGCGAGCUGAAUAUCUUCGAGCCGAAGAUCAAUGCGCAGCGUGCGCUGGAAGACGAGCUGAAGCUGGCGGAGGCUGAGACCGGGAAAGCGACACUGACGUGGACGGCUGUGAUCGUGGGCCCGUGGUAUGACUGGGGCAUCUCCAAGGGGCUAUUCUGGAUAGAUCCGGUGGAGAGAACCAUCACUCGAUUUGGGUCUGGGGACCAGCGGUACAGCAUGAGUGCAGUGGAGCUAUGUGGCAGAGCCGCGGUGGCGGUGCUGCGGGAUCCCGCAUUCUAUAUGAAUCGGCCGGCGUAUUUCGCGAGUAGUACUAUUUCAACUAAUGAGUUGAUUGAGAUUGUGAAAAGGGUGGCGCCGGGUACGCCGUGGGAGGUGGUAGAUGUACCCGUGGAGGGGUUCGUGGAGGAGGGAAAGAAGCUUUGGGAGGCUGAUAGUAGAAACGGGGUUCAGAAUCGGCUGAAAUCGCGGGCGUAUGUUAUGCUGGGGACGGCGUCGACUUUUGAUGAGGGGAAUAGGUAUGGGGCUGAUUUUGGAGAGAAGGCGGAGAAGGGGUGGGAUCAGGGGAGGGAGGUGCUGGAGGAACAUUUGAGGCGGUUGCUUGGUAGUGCUUAG